CGACGGUUUCCGGUAUAUGGCAGAAAGGAGAAGGUUUUUAACAAAGAGAUCAUUGCAGAUUUGGCUCUGUCGGCACUAAAUUCUACACUGGCAUUGACUAUCAUCUACCUACUUUUGCAAUGCUCUUUUGAGCAAGGGUUGCUGCUUAAAGUGUCUUGAAUGCGAUGUUUGAAAUUCGGAUGCUCUUCAACAUGGAAAUAAUACCGGUUUCACAUUUUUCAAAAGCUAUCAAUAUCUGUAUAGUUGUACAAUAUUACCAGAUGAGCUAACUUAUUGAUAAGGACUGACCACUGUGUAAUCAUAGUUUUUUGAUUAGUUUGGCAAGGCUGAAGGAAUUGAUAAUUGCAGCUGCUACGAUACCGGAACUACUUGGUUUUUCCAUGGACAAAAUGGCAAGAGUGACCACUGCCCUGAGUGGCACAGCCAUUACAGGGCGAACAAUGUUCUGCCAUCUUGAUGCACCUGCAAAUGCUAUUAGUGUUCGUAGAGAUGCUGCCCAGGUGGUGGUGGCUGGCCGCAACAUUUUCAAAAUCUAUUCCCUCGAGGAGGAACAAUUUGUGGAGAAGGCCAAUCUUCGAGUUGGGCGCAAGCUCUCUCUGAACUUCAGUUGUGCGGAUGUGGUGUGGCAUCAGAUAGACGAGACCUUGCUGGCGACAGCAGCCACAAAUGGAGCUGUGGUCACGUGGAAUCUGGGCAAGCAAUCUCGCAACAAACAAGACCAACUUUUCAAUGAGCACAAACGCACAGUUAACAAGGUGUGCUUCCAUCCCAACGAGGUCCACAUGCUGUUGAGUGGCUCCCAAGAUGGCUACAUGAAGUGCUUCGAUCUCAGGAAAAGGGAAUCCGUGAGCACUUUCUCCGGUCAGUCAGAAAGUGUCCGUGAUGUCCAGUUCAGUGUCAGAGACUAUUUCACAUUUGCUGCUUCGUUUGAAAAUGGCAAUGUUCAGCUCUGGGACAUAAGGCGACCGGAUAGAUAUGAACGCAUGUUCACAGCACAUAAUGGACCUGUUUUUUGCUGUGAUUGGCACCCAGAUGAUAAGGGAUGGUUAGCUACAGGAGGACGGGAUAAAAUGGUGAAAGUGUGGGACAUGACUACAAACAGGGCCAAGGAGAUCUACUGUGUGCAGACUAUUGCAUCAGUUGCUCGUGUGAAAUGGCGACCAGAAAUGAAGUACCAUCUAGCAACCUGCUCCAUGAUGGUAGAUCACAACAUCUACGUUUGGGAUAUUCGCCGUCCAUACAUUCCAUUUGCAAUGUUUGAAGAGCACAAGGAUGUUACCACAGGAAUUAUGUGGCGCCAUAAUCAUGACCCUUACUACUUACUUUCUGGAUCAAAAGACAGUACAUUGUACCAGCACAUGUUCAAAGAUGCCAGUCGGCCUGUUGAUCGUGCUAAUCCGGAGGGAUUGUGCUAUGGGUUAUUUGGAGAUUUGGCUUUUGCAGGAAAAGACAGCAUGUUCACUACUGAUUCAAAUCGGAAAACCUAUAGUGGUGAUAGGCGUUAUCCCAUUUUUUUCUUCAAGAAGCCUGACUUAUCGGAGCAAUUUGCAAAUGUAUCCAGUGCUCUUAAUGUGUUUGAAACGGAACAGGGCAGCAGCCCCAUGUACUGGUUUGUCAACAUGGCACAGCAGUAUCUUCUAACUGGCCGCUCACUGGCUGAGCUCUGUGAUCAUAAUGCAAAAAUUGCUAAAGAGUGCUAUCGUUAUCAGGUGGCCCAGACGUGGACGAUGCUAAGGAUUGUGUAUUCCAAUCCAGGUGCAAUUUCGUCUGUAAAUUUGAAUCAAAGUAUUGGCAAGAGUGGAGGAUUACCUCUUAUUAACAGUUUUAAGGAGAUCUCUGCACCCCUUGGCAAUGAAACCAGAGGAAAGUCUGAAAAUCGACAGGAGGUUAAUCACAUAGAUUCCUCAAACCCAUUGAUUUCUGCAAAUGAAGAAAAUGAGGAAACAGAAGGUAGCGAUGUGCCUGCAGAUUACCUGUUUGGAGACGUGGAAGGAGAUGAAGAUGACCUUUACAUGGUCGACCAUGAUAAUGCUCCCGCAGAGGAACAUGAAUAUAUUUUGCCUCAGGAAGCAUUUCCACUGCGACAUGAAAUUAUAGAUAACCAUCCUGUUCCAGACCCACUUCAGGAUAAAGUGGAAUCUCCACACGUCAGUGGAAAUGAAGCAGAGACUGUGUGCCUGAGCCCAAUUGAAUCCUUUUCCCUUAUGUCAAUCUCACAGCCACUUUAUGAUGCGUAUCUACCUGCUGAUUACUUCAAUUCCCUUGUUAAAGAUAUGCUGUAUUACUAUGCAGAAGAGGGAGAUGUGCAGAUGGCUGUAUCAGUCCUCAUUGUACUUGGUGACCGUAUACGGAAAGAAAUUGAUGAGCAGACUCAGGAACACUGGUACACAUCAUACAUUGACCUGCUACAGCGCUUCAAACUAUGGAACAUCUCGAAUGAGGUGAUCAAGCUGAGCACAUGCAGCUCCAUCAAUUGUCUAAACCAGGCGUCAACCACUCUUCACAUCAACUGCACCAAUUGCAAGCGACCAAUGAGCAGCAAGGGCUGGAUCUGUGAUAGGUGCCGCCAGUGUGCCAGCAUGUGUGCUGUUUGCCAUCAGGUUGUAAGAGGAUUGUUUGUUUGGUGCCAAGGAUGUAGCCAUGGUGGACACUUGCAGCACAUCAUGAACUGGUUGAGGACUAGUCCAUAUUGCCCAGCUGGGUGCGGCCAUCUGUGUGAAUAUACCUGAGAAGGCAGAGCUCAAAAUCUCAACUCAACAUUCAGCAAGCAACAGAUGAUUUUGUAAUCUGUGGUUCUCAAUAAAUGGGACCACUGUUGAAAGUGUUUUAAAUGAAUAUCACAUUUUCCAAAAAAAAGAUAAAAUGAAAAUUAAUUAAUUCAUUCACUACAGAAAAUUACAGCUAAGUUCCUAGCAGAAAAUCUGAGGUUUUGUUAUUUUCUCUAGUUUUGUAUGUUUUGAGGUGAUAUGGCCAUGCAGCUGUCACAAGGAGCUGCCAUGAAUAUACCAAAAUCAAAAGGCAGUAGUCACUAGCGAAAACAGGUCAUUGAUGGCAAAAUGCUCAAUUGGCUCUUUCUCAGAUAAGUAAUGAAUUAUCUCCUACAGACUGCGAGUAGCAAGCUCUGCUAUUAUGAUGCUAAUGAAAGCAGCUGGUACAGAUUGGAAUGUAAGUAGGUGUAAUGUCUGUUUUAACAUAGGACUAACUUCAUGUCCAAUUGUUUUGAUAUUUUUGAGCCUUGAAUUUAUUUACAUGUAUAGUGAUCAGGCAGAACACAGAUGAAAUAGUUUCAAUCAUAUAAUAAAGCCAUCAACGACAUUUAAGUAUUUUGCUUGACCUUAUUUGGAGUCAACAUUCACAUCUUUAUAAAGAAUAAAAUUUUAUCCCCGGUUAAAAAGGAUGUUGACUACCUUUUGUAUAGUAUUAUAGUUUGUACACAAGCUACUAUUGGAAUGGAAUGUCAGGUUUUGGACUUUUUGUAAAAGGGAUUUAGAAUUGGGAAAUUUAGGAACUCUCCAAUUCAGCACUAAAGAUAAAUGUAGGCCAUAGUGGAUCAUGUGAUAAUAUAAACAUCUGGACAUUUGGUAUGUAGUUUUUCAAACUGUAAAAUGUUUAUUUUAUUUACCAAUAUAGUGUGUAUAUUUUAAAUGUUCUGUGUUUGCUCUGAACCUUGGCCAGAAUGCUCAUGUAGCAUCAUAAAAAUCAGGCAUGUAACAAACAUUUAGUUAUAAAGCUCCUACCUGCUGACAGUAAGUUUCAGGAAUAUCAUUCCCCAUUGGUUGGAGUAUCAACAGUGAUUCAAUAUUUUAUUUCAACCAAAGAACUGAUAAUCUGACGUGGGGCGUUAUAAAUUCAACCCUAUUGUGCCUACCCCCAAAUGAGACAGUUGCAAUACAUCUAAUUGCUGCCACAUUUUAGAAAAUGCAAUAAAAUUGGAAUAGCCAGCCUGUGGUAGAAUAAAGUGGAACUUAAAAGAACCAAUUAUGCAGCAUGACAUUCAGUAAAUAGUACUUAAUCUUCUCUUCAAUUGCAUUGGGCAUAGGCAUCUAUUUGACUUUGAGUGGCUUUCUUGAGUAUGAAAAUUUCUUUGAAGUUUUCUUGAAUAUAUUCAAUCAAAUGUUAUUGUGUCAAUAGAUUACAUUCCACAUAAGUAGGGUCUUCUACUGUGUUGGAAUUGUAAAGAAAUAUUUAAGUUUUGCAGUCCAGAUAACUUGUAUUUGUUAUCUGGUGGAGUGUGAUGCUGUGGCAGAGAUUGAAGGUUCAUUAAAAGGUGAAAAUAGUCUUCCUUGUAUUAAAAUAUUAUCUCAAGACCAGAAUAUUUUGAAAUCUAUUUAUGUAAAGUUUAUUUUACAUUCUGGAUUCUGAAUCCUUUCUGAAGUAACUGCUGUAAAAAAAAUGCAUAAAGUACAGUAAAUAAAAGUACCGGUGGUCAAUAUGUGUUUAUCUCCUACCCACUACAAAUCUCUGGACAAUUUCAUAUUAAAGUCUACC